CGUAAUACCAAAAACAAUAGUUUUAAAAACAAAAACAAUUGGAUAUUAUGACAAAGUCAACAAGAAAAAAAAGGAAACAAUAAUUGUAGAUGUAUAUAAAGAUGUAGCAGGUUUGGACUGAGGCAUUGAUGGUGUAUCAACAUCGAUUAAUUCAUGUACUUUAUGCUCCCAACAGCAAUGGGUAUCAAACCCUUUAUCCUUCUCCUCUUCAUCUCAACUUCAUCUGCUGCAGCCACAGAUACACUUCAAGAAGGUUCUUCACUUUCAGUAGAGAAACAAAGCGACAUCCUCUUUUCAUCCAAUGGUGAUUUUUCAGCUGGCUUCUUCCAAGUUGGUGAAAACGCCUUCUGCUUCUCCGUUUGCUUCACGCGCUCCGAACAACCCACCGUUGUGUGGAUGGCCAACCGUGACGAACCUGUCAACGGCAAAGGCUCCUUCCUAUCACUCUGGAAAAACGGCAACCUCGUUUUGACGGAUGCCGGAGGAACCGUUAUCUGGGAAACCGCCACUAUUUCCUCCUCCCAACUUUAUCUGAAGCUAAGAAACAACGGAAACCUCCUUCUCCUCAAUUCCAAAGGCACCACCAUUUGGCAAAGCUUCGCUUCCCCAACCGACACCCUUCUUCCAACGCAACCACUCACGGAACGAGGCGGUCUCGUUUCUUCGAGAAGUGCAACGAACCAUUCAUCGGGGUUCUACAAGCUUUACUUCGACAACGACAACGUUCUUCGCUUACUCUACAAAGGUCGCACGUUUUCCAGCGUGUACUGGCCACCAUCGUGGAAGCUUGCAAUUGACAUAGGCAGAUCCACCUACAAUGUAACCAAAACUGCUUCUUUAGAUUCUUUUGGACAAUUCACUUCCUCUGACGGGUUUCAAUUUCUCUCCACGGAUUAUCCCAAAAAAGUGUACAGGAUACUCAAGUUGGAUUCUGAUGGUAAUUUGCGUUUGUAUAGCUUCAACGAGGAGCGUAAGACGUGGGAGGUGACGUGGCAAGUUAUUUCAGAACCGUGCACCAUUCAUGGAAUUUGUGGAGCGAACAGCAUGUGCAAUCAUGAUCCCGUUAUUGGAAGGACUUGCUAUUGCUUGAAAGGGUUUAAGGUUAAGGAUCCCAAUGACUGGACUCUGGGCUGUGAGCCUGAGUUUUCUCCUUCAUCUUUUUAUUGCAACAGUCGCCAGUCAUUUGGUUUUCUCCGUCUUCAAACCACGGAACUGUAUGGCUACGACUGGAACGUGACACGCGUUUCGAGCUUAAAGGAAUGCCUGAAUAUAUGUCUGUCACUUUGCGAUAAAUGUGUAGCUGUUCAGUUAAAGUUUAACGAGUUUGCUACCUAUAAUUGUUACCCGAAAACGAUGGCAUUCAAUGGACGGGAUAUUCCUAGUUUCGACGGAGAGAUUUAUCUAAAGUUGCCGAAUUCGAUUCUGCGCUCGUCCACGAAGAUUCUAAAGCAUUCCCGGAUGAAUUGCCCCGUUGGUUUGUCUCAAAAGUUUAACAGGGUUUAUCAGCCGCCAAAAAAGAACUCCACGUUGAGUUUCUUGGUUUGGUUCGCUUGCGGGGUCGGAGUGUUUGAGUUUUCCACCAUUUUCUUGGUGUGGUUCUUCUUGUUCAGAACAAGCAAGCACCCUCACAGGCUGGAUCAACAACACCAUCUUCUGUCUGCCACAGGGUUUCAGAGGUUCACCUACGCGGAGCUAAAAGCCGCGACAAAAGGGUUCAAAGAAGAGGUUGGGCGAGGAGCAGGCGGGGUUGUUUACAAAGGGACAUUAUAUGAUAACCGUGUUGCGGCUAUUAAACGCUUAAACGAAGCUACUCAAGGGGAAGCUGAAUUUUUGGCUGAAAUAAGCACAAUUGGCAUGCUGAACCACAUGAAUUUGAUUGACAUGUGGGGGUAUUGCGUUGAAGGGAAGCACAGGCUUUUGGUGUAUGAGUACAUGGAACAUGGAUCCUUAGCAGACAAUCUCUUUGGCAACGGUCUUGAUUGGAAGAAAAGGUUCAACGUUGCCGUGGGCACAGCCAAAGGUUUAGCUUACUUACACGAAGAGUGUUUGGAGUGGAUUUUGCAUUGCGACGUGAAGCCUCAAAACAUUCUACUUGACUCAGAGUUCAAACCCAAGGUAGCAGAUUUUGGGUUGUCAAAACUUUUAAACAGAGACGAGCGUGGAAAUUCUAGUUUUUCACGAAUAAGAGGGACUCGAGGGUACAUGGCUCCGGAGUGGGUCUACAAUCUGCGUAUCACUUCUAAGGUGGAUGUUUAUAGCUAUGGGAUUGUGGUGUUGGAAAUGGUGAGUGGAAGAAGCCCUGUGGCAAUUCACAGUCUUGAGAACAGCAGGGACAUGGACCACCAUCGCCUGGUGACGUGGAUAAGGGAGAAGAUAAAACAUGCACCCACUUGUGCCUUUUGGAUGGAGGAGAUCAUUGAUCCCAAGUUAGAAGGAAACUUCGACGUUUCAGAAGUAGAGGUUUUGGUUAAAGUGGCUUUACAGUGCGUCCAAGAUGACAUGAAUGAAAGACCAUCCAUGAGCCAAGUUGCAGAAAUGCUUCUGGCCAACGAAAAUAAACUCAUCUCUCCUUAGUUACAUGUUUUUGCAUUUUUGUCACCAGUGCUGCAUCUUCUUUUGAAGGAAAGGAUAAAUUAUAAACAAUAAAGUUAUAUUUAUGCU